CACUCAUCACGUGAUCUCUCUCACGCCCUUCACUCUUCUCAUUCUCUGAUUUCACGUUACACCACAACUCCACAAGCACUCUCACCGGCCACCACCACGCUGUCCGCCGCACCACCGCUGUCCAGCCGUGCCUCUGGCUCUGCGGUUCUACUUCUACAGUGGCUGGUUAUUUGGGUGAUGAUUGAUUAUAUUUAGAGAUAUCCAUUCAUUAUGCAAACAAAACAAAAAAAUUCUUAGUAUUGACACGUCAUAAGAUGCAGAAACUGGUCAUAGAGAAUGGAGAAUAUUACACGUGAGAGUCACAGAAAACCCAGUUUCCGAUCAAAUUUCCACACUAUCUAUGACACUUCAAAUUACGGUGUGUUUCAGCUCAACAAUGGUUUGGCAAGGACACCUCAAAUGGGAUGGAAUAGCUGGAACUUCUUUGCAUGCAAUAUCAAUGAAACGGUGAUUAAGGAAACGGCUGAUGCACUUGUAUCAACGGGGUUGGCUGACUUAGGUUAUGUGUACGUCAAUAUAGAUGAUUGCUGGUCUUCCGUGACUAGAAAUUUGACGGGUCAACUGGUCCCUGAUCCUAAGACAUUUCCAUCAGGAAUCAAAGCUCUUGCAGAUUAUGUGCACGGAAAGGGACUCAAGCUUGGCAUAUAUUCUGAUGCUGGGGUUUUUACAUGUCAAGUCCGACCAGGAUCAAUUUUCCAUGAAACUGAUGAUGCAGAUUUAUUUGCCUCUUGGGGUGUAGAUUAUUUGAAGUAUGACAAUUGUUACAACCUGGGUAUCCCUCCGAAAAAACGAUAUCCACCUAUGCGUGAUGCUCUUGGUGCAACUGGAGUUAAAAUUUUCUAUUCAAUCUGUGAAUGGGGUGUUGAUGACCCAGCCUUAUGGGCAGGCACGGUUGGUAACAGUUGGCGCACAACUGAUGACAUCAAUGAUACAUGGGCAAGCAUGACGACUAUUGCUGAUCUUAAUGACAAGUGGGCUUCAUAUGCUGGUCCAGGAGGAUGGAAUGACCCGGAUAUGUUGGAAGUUGGCAAUGGUGGCAUGACUUAUCAGGAAUACCGUGCUCACUUCAGCAUAUGGGCUUUAGCAAAGGCUCCUCUAUUGAUUGGCUGCGAUAUAAGAAAUAUGACUGCUGAAACAUUAGAGAUUAUAAGCAAUAAAGAAGUCAUUGCUAUAAAUCAAGACUCACUUGGGGUCCAGGGAAGGAAAGUUCAAGUUGCUGGAAAAGAUGGUUGCAGUCAGGUUUGGGCAGGUCCUUUAUCAGGGGAUCGCUGGGUUGUUGCUCUCUGGAAUCGGUGCUCAAAAGUUGCUAAUAUAACAGCUUCCUGGGAAGCACUUGGGAUUGAAUCUGGAGUUUAUGUUACUGUAAGGGAUUUAUGGCAGCACAAGGUAGUAACCGAAGAUGCAGUUUCAUCAUUCAGUGCUCAAGUUGAUACUCACGAUAGUCACCUGUACAUUUUCACUCCAUCUACAGUAUCUCUCUCUGUAAUGUAGCUCAUAGGUUUUGGUCCAUCUGUAUUCUGUACACAACUAUGCUGCCAUCCCAUUUUGGAUUAACUGCCUUUAUGAAAGUUUAGUGAAUGAACCUUGCUUGUUUAA